AGUAUGAGGAGUAAGGCAUGAGGAGUAAAGCAUGAGGAGUAAAGUAUGAGCUCCUCUUCUCCCUGCAUGUCUCUGUGUGUGUUGGUGCUUCCCUGAAAGCAGCGCUCCGCCCCGCGUGUCCCAAACUCUGCCUGAACUUUCUUUAUUGGAGCGCGUGCGUCACUCUCCGCUAACCUGGCCCGGACAGACCUCGGGACGGCUCCACGGCUCCACGGCUCCUCACACACGAACAAUGGGUUGGCAGCAUCGAGGAUGGGUCGUCUGUGCCACUUUUCUCGGAUUCGUGGCGUUGGCGCAGAGCGUGACGCGAGACCAGCUCUUCCCUUUCGGUCCGCGCGCAGGAGACCAGAUCCUGGACCCGGGGAGUGACCAGACGCACAAAGUCGACCUGGACAAGCCCGUGCUGUUUUUCGAUGGCUCUUUCGACAGCAUCUUUAUCAACACCAAUGGUUUUGUUGCCACAACAGAGCCAACAAGCGAGUCGACAUAUCUUGGCAAAAUGCCCCCAAGUUUCGGCAUGAUCGCAGCUCUUCAGGGAGACUAUGACACCAGCGACGGUGUGGGGAAAGUUUUCUUCCGUCAAGACUCCAGUCCGGACGUUUUGUCUCGAGCCGCCAACACCAUCAACAACGCCUUCCCUGAGGAUCCUGAAGUCCAUCCCACACAUGCUGUGGUCAUCACCUGGGACAACAUCGGCACACGUGGACCACUAAGCAGAGGAGAUCGGAUCGAAAAGAGGAGGAACACCUUCCAGCUGGUCAUUGCCACCCCGGAGACGGCCUCGUAUGCGAUCGUCCUGUAUGCUGAGAACGGGAUACAGUUUGUGUCCACGCCCACAGGAGACAGGAAUAUGAUCAUGCACGCUGGCUUCAGUCAGGGUUUGGUCCGGGGUUUCCUGUUUUCCAGUCAGGGCACGUACUACAGGACCACCACUGAUGACGAGGAGUCUGUCAGAACUUUGGCGGAGGAGACAAACUCUGGCAUCCGGGGUGUUUGGGUCUUCGAGAUCGGAACUGCUCCUUAUUUUAGCAGCGUGGCUCCAGGUGAGGUCCCAGACCUGUUCCCGGAAGGGACACCGCAGGGGUCCCCCGAGGGCCACGAGGAGGCCCCUGAUAGAAGAAGGCUUGUGGUUUCUAAUGGGCAGCAGGUGGAGUACCCUCCUUAUGAAGGGGAGGAGAUCCAAGUCCACCCAGUCCAGUACCAGCCCCAUCAACCUCAGAAUCCAGAGGUGGUGGUGGUGGAUGACACGGAUAUAAAUGUAGACGUGUUCUCAUACAACCUGGGGACUUGUACCAACAACAGGAAUAAGUGCUCUCAGUUUGCCGACUGCAAAGACUACUCCAGCGGAUACUGCUGCCACUGCAGACCGGGAUUUUAUGGCAACGGGAUCCAGUGUGUGGCAGAAGGGAAGCCGCAGAGAAUGAACGGUAAAAUGCACGGGAGAGUAUACGUGGGCAACUCUCCCUCUCCUGUGGAGUUCAACAGCAACGAUCUGCACUCGUAUGUUGUGGUGAACGACGGUCGAUCAUAUGUGGCCAUCAGCGACAUCCCGUCCCCCCUCGGCCCCUCGCUGCAGCCCCUCUCGGCCCUCGGCGGGGUGAUCGGGUGGGCGUUUGCUCUGGAGCAGCCUGGCUUUAAGAACGGCUUCAGCAUUAUUGGGGGGGAGUUCACACGGCAGGCUGAGGUGACCUUUCUGCCGGGGAAUGAGAAGCUGACCAUCACGCAGGAGUUCAAAGGCAUCGAUGAGCACGACCACCUGGCUGUCAGCACCACCAUGGAGGGCCGGGUCCCUGAGGUGCCAGGGGGCGCCACCGUGAAGAUCGACCCUUACUCUGAGAUCUACCAAUACAGCAACAACCUGAUCACUACCUCCUCCACUCGGGACUACUUGGUGAACCUCCCUGAUGGCUCCACAGACACCAGGACGUAUCAGUGGCGUCAGACCAUCACCUUCCAGAGCUGCCAGCACGACGAGGCUCUGAGAGACAUGAAACCCACUCAGAUGCUCAGCGUGGACCAGGUCUUUGUCAUGUACGACGCUAAUAAUGAACUCAUCCGGUUCGCCAUGAGCAACAAGAUCGGGGAUGUCAACGGAGGUCAGCCAGAGGAGAACCCCUGUUUCACUGGGAGACACGGAUGUGACACGAGCGCCGUGUGCCGACCUGGAGAGGGGACGCAGUUCACCUGUGAGUGUGCGACCGGCUUCAACGGGGAUGGACGCACAUGUUACGAUGUCGAUGAGUGCAGAGAAGAUCGUCAGAUCUGCGGCUCCCACGCUAUCUGCAACAACCAGCCCGGGACUUUCCGCUGCGAGUGUGAAGACGGGUAUCAGUUCGCCGGGGACGGGCAGACCUGCGUGGAGACGGAUCGACCCAGGGACGCCUGUGAGGAAGGCACUCAUACUUGUGACAUUCCUGAGCGCGCUCAGUGCAGCUACACAGGAGGCUCGUCCUACAUCUGCUCCUGCCUGCCCGGGUUCAUCGGAGACGGUCGGGUCUGCCAAGACAUCGACGAGUGCCAGCCGGGUCGAUGUCAUCAGAACGCCGUGUGUUACAACAACGAGGGAUCAUUCACCUGCCAGUGCCGACAAGGUUACUACGGAGACGGGUUCUACUGCUCUGCAGAACGGACAAAAACACAAUGUGAGAACCACAGAGACAGCCUGGGGUUCGGCCCUCGCGGCCCUCGGCCUCCCGUCGGACAGUACGUCCCCACGUGUGACGAGAACGGAGCGUACGAGCCUCUGCAGUGUCACGGCAGCACGGGACACUGCUGGUGCGUGGACCGGAACGGACAGGAGGUUCCCGGGACUCGCUCCGGACCCGGUAGCAGGCCGAUGUGUAUCGAACACGGUGGUGAGCGGCCACCUGUUGGCCCCACCCCUCGACCCGAUGUCAACCCACUUCCUGCAGGAACACACCUGCUGUUUGCUCAGAGCGGCAGGAUAGAGCACGUCCCGCUGGACGGUCACGAUAUGAAAAAGAGUGACGCCAAGGCUGUCCUCCAUCUUCCCGAGAAGGUAAUCAUCGGAGUGGCCUAUGACUGUGUGGAGAAGAUGGUGUACUGGACAGAAAUCACGUCUCCCUCCAUCAGCAAGGCCAGCAUCCAGGGAGGAGAGCCCACGGCUGUCAUUAGCUCAGAUUUGGACAGCCCAGAGGGGAUCGCUGUGGACCACCUGGGCCGGACUUUGUUCUGGACGGACUCUGUGAAGGACCGUAUCGAGGUGGCCUCUUUGGAUGGGUCGAUGCGCCGAGUGAUUGUAGACACUGAUCUCGUCAACCCACGAGCCAUCAUCACCGACCCCCCCAACGGAAACCUUUACUGGACCGACUGGAACCGUGACGCCCCAAAGAUCGAGACCUCGUACAUGGACGGAUCGAACAGACGGGUUCUUGUGAAGGACAACCUGGGCCUUCCAAACGGCCUGACGUUAGACUCUCAGAGCUCCAUGCUCUGCUGGGCAGAUGCAGGGACUCAUAAAAUGGAGUGCAUGCAUCCAGGCCGGGGCGACCGCAGACAGAUCGUAGAGGGGGUUCAGUACCCGUUUGGAAUAACGUCGUUUGGGAAGAACAUCUACUACACCGACUGGAGGAGGGACGCCGUGGUCGUUGUGGACCGCUACGCUGGCAAGGAGUCCGACGAGUUCCAGCCUCAGAAACGGACCAAGCUGUACGGGAUCACCACAGCCUACUCCCAGUGUCCUUCAGGACAAAACUACUGUGCUGUGAACAACGGCGGCUGCUCCCACCUCUGUUUAGCGACCCCUAACGGCAGCUCCUGCAAAUGUCCCGACAACGCGGUGGGCUGCGUGGAGAGAGGCGGCGGGUACUAGAAGACGGCAGCUGCUCUCUGAGAGUCGACACUGUGUGGAUGUUUGUCAGCGAAUUAGGAGCCACUCAGCAUUACUAAACUAUUCGCCAUAUUCACGCGGCAGCCAUUUUCCUCUGAUGUCAAGCUUCGGCUGGGACGCUCAAACGCUUUGUUAUAUUGGAGGUUUGAAGGUGCUAAAGUAAAUGAUAAAUGUUUUAA